AUGGAACAACACCCACCACCCGCGUUCGCGGACACCAUGCACGCGAAUCCGCCCGGUCUAGCCCUGAUGGCGGCAAUCCGACCUGCCACAAAGCACUAUCCCGUGGCAUUGCGCUGUGUGCGAGCGCUGUUCCUCAAGWCCGAAUACCGAAAAUGCGUCUCAACAUGCCACGACCUCCUGCAGAAUCAAAGCUAUCAGUCAAAUCCCAUACACAAGGCCUUUCUGCUCUUCUACAGCGCUAUUGCGUACGACGAGAUGGGCCGUGCGAUGCACCACAACUCCAUUGCGAAGAUUCCCGCUCUCGACAGUGCUGAGCAACUCUACCUCGCCGCCAUUCAUGCUCUUCCGUCGCCCAAGGAAGCCGAUCUACUCUGCAUCGCACUUGUGCAGGAGUCUCGUGCAGCUGCCUUCCUCGAGCACGACGAGUGUUCUCCAAUCCACAAUGACUUUGACCGAUUCGACGAGGCAUCCUUCUUAUCGUCACCUGCACGAGAUCGUUCCGACAGCAUCUCUGUCCAGUCCUCUAACCCUUCACGCCGAGCCGUAGCAUCCGAGCUCGACGAUCUCGAAAGUCAUGACAGCUUUUCCGAGCUCAUGACACCAAACCGCGUUCUUAACCGGCAAGAUUCGCGAAUAACGUUGCGCGAAGACACGACCCCGAUGAAGAGGCCACAAUCCGAGAUUCUAUCCAGUAACGGUCGUCCGGCUCCCGCGCGCAUGCAACGAGACUUCUCUAGGAUGUCACUAUUCGAGAGCCCGCAGCGCAAACCAGUUUCACAAGGACUACUACGGCCGAUCAGACCUGGCUCGCCCCCACAUCAACUCUACAUUCCCCUACGACUCCAGACAACACCGCCGGUUCCAUCAGCAGGCCAUACGAAACAAACCACUCAACAGACUCGCGGGUCGAGUUCACCCAAGUCUAUUGCUAACGCUCACGAUUACUUCUAUGAGGGCCCGCAUGUCGAUACUGAGCCAGUCUCACCGCUAUCUGAAAUGGAGAUGGAAUCCGAUUGCUACUUGUCAGACGUUUCAACCAUAUCAGCGAUAUCACCGCUGACCCCGACGCGCUCUCGCAAUGUAUCCUUCUCAUCAGACCGUGUUCACGACCGAGACCAAGAUCUAGACCACGAUCACGAUCACGAUCACAACCACGGCCACGGCCACGACCACGACCUUGAUAUUGAUCACGACCUGAACGAAAGCCUGUGUCUACGCUUCAAUGAUCAUCUAGACUCCAUKCGCAAGCAACUGGAGACGCACAUCACGCUUGUACAGCAAACCAAGGAAAAACUUCGAGGACUUCAGKCCGAUCGCGCUUCGUCGAAAGUCGCUCCUAUUACCGGAACACCACUGCGAGGUCGUCCUGGAGUUGCUGACAGAUCGUCUUGUCCACCAGGAUGGGCGAAGGAUCCGGAAGUGGUCAUCGCCUCAGGAGGCCUUCCUCGAGUCCGCAGCUACUGGUCAUUUGUUCCCGUGGAUGCAAAAGCCGCCGAGAAGCAGAGGCGCAUCAAAGCUGGCAGGGAGAGGAGAUGGGCGAGGAAGACAGAGCGCUUCAAUCCCACAAAAUACCAGGAUCUUUGCGAGAGGGCGCUGAAUGAGCUGUGA